AUGGCUUCAGGCUGGCGCCAAAGGAGACGUAAGAAUUCUCUUUAUCCAUGGGAUCCAACAUCACCUCCACCAUUAUUAGAGGAAGCGACAUUGGAGUCGAAACGAUGGUCACACUUUCCACGUCGUAGCAUACGUACUGAGAAUCAGGCACCACAAGAAGCACAAGUUAAUAUGGAACUGGAAGAGACAGAGCAGUACGAGCACGAGAAAGACCGUAAUAAUCGAUUAAUAUCAAUGUUUGGAGGUCGUAUCACGUCACGGACAAUGCGUUCAACGUCGGAUACGAGUGCUGCGCCAUCCUCGACACUUGUUCAGCGAGAAAAAGCGUUCCGAUUAGUCCGUCAUGGCUCGGAUCCGUUGCUUAAUGGUGCUUUUUACGCGACACAGGUACAAGUGGGCAAUUUUGUUAGAAUGGGGUGGCUUACGAAGCAGGGUCACAUGUGGAAGAGCUGGAAGACAAGGUUUUUUGUGCUCUUUGCAGACGGAACGUUUGCGUAUUACAAGAACAAGGGACGGAAAAAGAUUAAAGGAUGUAUGCAACUUAAUGAUGGAGUUGUAUCAGUACAGCACGUGGACAUUCGAGUGGCAGAAAAGGCCUAUGUUUUUCAGAUUGAAAAAGGGUUUUACAAACUGUUGUGUUACUGCUGUAGUCAAUUUGAAGCUGAACUUUGGGUUGCUGCGUUACGAUCGGUUCGACGUGUUGCACCGCCUUGUUAUGAGAUGGAUUUGACUGCCACGGAGGAAAAAGCAGGAUCCAAUGCCGUUGCGAAACACUUGAACAAGAUAUUCGUUACGGAUAAACAGGUUGCCAAGGGUCUAGUGGAGUUUAAAGAGAACGAGCAAGAUCACUCGUAUGCGGCAAUAUACAAUUUUAUUGUUGAACUAGACGAUGCAAUCAUUGACCGCCAUCAUUUGGAGCUUUAUCAGGAUCCAGAGAUUGAGCUUUUGCCAGGUAAUGAACUGGUGCGGCUUAUUCGUCGACAUGUGGAGGAUCGCGUGUUUAUUGGUUUGUAUGCAGAGGCAUACGCGAGCUUAGAGACCGCUCGUGUGAAAUUAAAACGCAAAAAUUUGGAGCAGAAUCUUAAGGUCUUGAGGCAGAAAACGCAGGCAGAUUUUGGGAUUACGAAGGAUCUUUCAGUUUGCAAUUGGAAGCAAGCUAUCAGUGUGAUCAAUUUGCUCGAUUGUGUGUCGCUCCCAACACACAAGUUUGAGGUCAUACUAUCUGCUGGAGAGACCAUUAUGAAUUCGAUAGCUAAAUACAACGGUGAGCUCUUUGAAGUAUCAGAUGAUGCGCUUACGGCUAUUUUUCGGUACGUUGUUACAAUGUCAUCGCUAAAUGAUCUACCGAUUCUUCGGGCGCUGCUGAAGUGCGGGUAUCAACAUCACCCAGCAUGUCAGAACAAGGCCAAUGUCGUCACGGCUUUCCUCGAUGCGAUCAAAUGGGUGGAGUGUUUUGAAACUGGCGAUGAAAACUACCAGUUUGACCCUUUAGGGCUGGCUGGAUCUCGUGUUUCGGUAUCCAUUUCGACCAAUGAUGUUGGCAUUCAGUUCACGACGGAUGGCAAUGGCCGAGGAGCCAUUGUAUACAGUGUUCGAAAGCUGUCCCAAGCAGCACUGAGCUCUGCCAUUGUGCCUGGGCUAUCGUUAAUUGCAAUCAAUCGCGAACCAGUGAUUGGGAUGCCUUUUGAGAAGAUUAUUCAACGCGUGCGAACUGCAGCUCUUCCGAAGCAGCUAACCUUCAUGACAGAGUUCUACUACUACCAACUACUUUCGCUGGAUUCCGAAAUGUUUCGGUAUUUGAUGUGUAUAGCUGGCCGUCGGGGAGAUAUAGACUCGGCGGCAUGGCUGGGAUCGUCUACCGUCGACCUCAACACGCUUUGCUCAUGGGAAAAGUCCAGAGGAAAACAGAUUUUUGGAUUUAUUCCUAUAUCCGGAAAGGGGUCUCCACUUCAUGCAGCUGUGCGCAAUGGGCAGUUUCAAAUGGUCAACUAUCUGGUUUCAAGGGGGGCCGACGUCAAUUUGUGCAAUUAUAAAGGAAGGAGACCACUGCAUGCUGUGAAGCAGUCGGCCAGCAUGGCACAGAUUAUUGAGAGCCUAAUUGGUGCUGGGGCUGAUAUCGACGCGAUGGAGAAGCACGGAUUGACUCCAUUAAUGUUCAUGUGCUCUGCAGCAUCACUUGAAGGGUGUGCAACGCUGCUAGCGCUUGGAGCUGACGUGCACUGUGUGGCGUGGUCGAAUGGGUUUUCGGCACUGGAAUUUGCGGUGAACAGUGGGCGAAUCGAAUUGGUGGAGUUGUGCCUUUCUAAGGGAGCGAAUCCAAACUCUCCUACGUUGGACGGGAAUACCAGCUUGCAUCUAGCUGCCGCUCUCUCUCACGCUGAUAUCAUUCUUCGGUUGUUGCAGAGUGGUGCAAAUCCGAAUGCUCAGAAUCGGUAUGGUCAGACUCCUGUAGCAGUGCUGCUGGCAUCCGCAUCUGAUGAAGGUGGCGACGCUCGAAACAUGUGCAUUGAAAUUUUAGUAUGCGCUGGGCACCACCUCAACAGACGCGAUCUAAAAGGUCACCAGGUGUCUCACCUAACGAACAUCUCGCAAAAUUCACACGUGAUAGGUCCAUCGCGCAAGGUGAGCUCGUUGAAUCGGUCUGGUGAUGAUAUCAAUGUUGAUAUCGUUGGUUGCUCUUUUGUCGACUACAUCCAUGCGAAUAAGGCGGCAGGAUAUCUGGGACCACCGAUGGCCAACGACCUCUGGAAAGUUGCGGGGAAGAACGGUUUCGUGUCUCGAUCUGUACCCUCAACCUCCAUUGGAGAUAUGGUCCGUAAUCUUGUGUCUGGAACAGAAGUGGACUUGGUGGACUUUGUGGCAUUCGUGCUAUUCCUUGACAGCUUUUCAAGCCUGAACGAAGUGGUGGAUCGGCUGAGCGAGCAUGUCCACAAUGGGAUCAAACGUCACGGACUUAUCCGUCUAUUCGUCAUGGUGUUGCUGUUCAGACAUUCAGAAGUUAAGGACGCUGAAGAUCUUCGGGAUCGUUUUUACAGCCUUAUAGGUUAUAAUGUUGACGUUUCGAAAGAGAAAUUGGUACUUUUGGUGGAAGAAUAUGCCGUGCUUUAUAGAGACUAUUUCUUGCUUCGAGGGGCUGGAAACUACGCUGGGAGCUACAACAAAAUCCCCGAAACGAUGACCGAAAUCUACGGGUUAGGCACCGCACCUGUAUCCAUCGAGUCUUUUCCAAUAAAUAUGCACCGGUAUAUUGACGCUGAACGCUGGUCCAAGCAAUGCACGCUUUUGACACAUGCGUUGUUUUGCAAAAUCCCAAUCCAAGAUUUUGUUUCACCAGGCUCGAAGAUUGAACAUUCAACUGAGUUCACAACAAUCAAGCAAUGGUUUCAGCACCUAUCUGCAUUUGUGAUCAACGCUGUCUUGGUUCAAACCACUCCUGAAGAACGCGCUGAAGCGAUUUUGUUUUACCUGAAGGCCGCCGAUUGUUGUAUGUCAUUACACAACUACGAUACGCUGGCUUCGAUUUUAUACGCAUUGCAGUCUACAGCAGUGCAGCGCCUUCGAAAGACGAUCGGCUGUCUAAGAGUCGAUGGAAAGAAGAUGAUGAACGAAAUGCAACUGCUCUCGGACAAAGGUUGCCGUGAGAUGAACCGGCUCAUGCGAAGAUGUGAUAAUCCAUGUAUGCCUUAUAUUGGGCUGUAUCUCCAGGGCUUCGUGGGGCUGAACGAGAUGCCUGCUUUUAGUAAAGAGGGUUUGGUGAAUGGGAAUCGAUUGCGACGAAUGGGCGAACUGGCAAUGGAAAUUUUGCACCGCCAAUCUGUUGCUUACACGCUUCCGAACGACAAGAAGAUUGAUGAACUACUGCACGUUAAAAUGCCGUAUUCAUCAGAAGAGAGUCGGCAUGCUAGAUCCUUGAAACUAGAGCCACGCGAAGCCAACGCGAUACCAUUAAGUGAUCGUGGCUCGUGUGUUAUUAUUGAUGAUGACCUGGACCUUGAAAGCGAAGUCCGUGAAUCAAUUGGUAGUGACGGGACAUUUGGGUUUCGUCAGUGGAUUCGGAAGCAGCAAGUGGUUCAUCGGAAUCGAUCACGCUCAUCAGUGAUUGCUCUGUAUGAGUGGGUCUAG